UUUUUCAAGAGCUAUUGUGACAACCUUUGCAAAGUUGAUUCCACAAAGUGGAUUCGUAUGAAGCUUCUCAUUCUUCUUUUGCGUUUAAAUGAAGAAUCGCAAGUUGUCUGGAAAAAGCUUCUUUUCCAUGGUAAGCCUAUGGCUGGGACAGAGCUUUUCAUGGGAAAUUUGGAUGAAUCAUCUGUUAUGGAAACUGUUAAGGUUUCAAAAAAAGUUACCGGGCAUUUUCUUCUUUUAAUGGAUGAAGUUGCUUCAUAUGCGAGACUAGUUUUGCCCAUAUUCUGGUCAAGUUCUGUAGUUAAGGACAAUCCGUUACCAUCUUCUGUGAGAGGAAAGCUUGGAGGUCCAGCUCAAAGGCGAUUAGCUAUCCCUACAACUACUGCUGUAUUGCAUUCUAUUCUGGCAGUGAGGACCUUUGCUAGUAUUGUAUCAGUUUGUCCUCGGAUAAAAAGAGACAUCUGGGAUUGCUCAGUUGCCUUCUCUUGGGAGUUUGUUUGGAAAGUUGUUAAGUUUCGACCUUGCAAAUCAGAGGCAUGUUUAUCUGCAUUCUAGUUAAAUACUUACUAAUUUCUUG